AUGUCUAAACACGACUCGGCCAGCACAAGCACCGGCGCCAUGGAACCUGUGUCGGAGCAGAAGCAUCGACGAGGCUCAAAGGCGUCUGGCGGCAAUGGCGCCCCUGACUCUGCCGAUCAGCUCCUCGAGACCAUGGGUUACAAGGCUGAGCUUUCGCGAAAUCGCUCGACGUUCCAGGUCGCCUUCAUGUCCUUCGUCCUCGCUUCCAUCCCCUACGGUCUCGCUACAACCUUGGCCUACCCUCUGAUUGGCGGCGGCCCCGUCAACGUCAUCUGGGGAUGGCUCGCUGUCUCCAUGAUUAUUGUCUGUGUUGCUGCUUCUCUUGGUGAAAUCACCAGUGUCUAUCCCACUGCUGGAGGCGUCUACUACCAAGCUUUCAUGCUUUCCCCUCCUCGAUGGCGCCGCAUUGCAAGCUGGAUCUGUGGCUGGCUCUAUCUCGUUGGAAACAUCACAAUCACUCUCGCCGUGAACUUCGGAACCGCCCUCUUCAUCGUCUCGUGCGUCAAUGUCUUUGAGUCGAGCCCCGGCGUCGGCGUCAUGUCCGGAGAGGCCUACCAGGUGUUCCUGGUCUUCCUCGCCCUGACUUUCCUGUGCAAUGCUAUCUCCUCGCUCGGCAACAAGUACCUCCCUUGGAUUGAUACCGCCGCUGUCUUCUGGACUUUUGCCGGUGUUAUUGCCAUUGUCGUCUCUGUUUUGGCCCUUGCCAAGAACGGACGCCGUGAUGCUGGCUGGGUCUUUGGACAUUUCGAGGCCAACUCUGGCUGGCCCAAGGGCUGGUCAUUCUGUGUUGGUCUUCUCCACGCUGCCUACGCUACUUCUUCCACUGGCAUGAUCAUCUCCAUGUGUGAGGAAGUCCAGAACCCCGCUGUCCAGGUCCCCAAGGCCAUGGUCGCCACCAUCUUCAUCAACACCCUGGCCGGUCUCCUGUUCAUCAUCCCCUUGAUGUUCGUUCUUCCCGAUCUCCAGGAGGUUAUCCUCUCAGCUCAGCCCGUGCCUCUGAUCCUCAAGAGUGCAGUUGGCAGCUCCGGCGGUGCUUUCGGUCUUCUCUUCCCCCUCAUCAUCUUGGCCAUCAUCUGCGGUAUCGGCUGCACAACUGCCACUUCUCGAUGUGUCUGGGCUUUCGCCCGUGACGGUGCCAUCCCCGGUGCCAAGUGGUGGGCCAAGGUCAACACCAAGCUCGACGUUCCCCUCAACGCUAUGAUGCUCAGCAUGGUCAUCGAGAUUAUCCUUGGUGUCAUCUACUUCGGUUCCUCCGCUGCCUUCAACGCUUUCUCCGGUGUCGGUGUCAUCUGCCUCACUGCUUCUUACGCUACCCCCAUUGCCAUCAGUCUCGCCACUGGUCGCAAGCAAGUCAAGACCGGAAAGUUCUACCUCGGCAAGUUCGGAACAGUCGCCAAUGUUAUUGCUAUUGCUUGGUCUGCGCUUGCCAUGCCUCUCUUCUGCAUGCCCUCCGCCAUCCCCGUCAUGCCCGAGACCGUGAACUACGCCCCCGUUGUGUUCGUGUUUGCUUGCCUGGUUUCCGGUAUCUGGUACUGGGCCUGGGGCCACAAGAACUAUGCUGGUCCUCCUACCCACGAGGACCAAGCUCUUUAA